AUGGCUGGCAACACUCGACUUCGGACUCUCCUUCAAACCCUUCCACCUCUCAAAACUUAUUUGACUGCUCAAUCUUUGCAAACAUUCACGGUCUUCCCGAGACUUCCUCUCGAGCUUCGAAGCAGAAUCUGGCGCCUCGUAGCAUUCGAUUCCCGAGUUAUCAAGUUGGUCCCCUACAACUUGCCUACGAAUCCUCGCGUCGAAGGACAGUCAAAACAUCCAUCUAUGCUUCAUGCGUCCCGAGAAUCCAGAAGAGAAGGAAUGCAGCACUAUAGGAAGUGCCUGCAAAAGUGUUGCGACAUUCGGACACAUUCGCAGAACGUCCCCUGCGGCAAGCCUCGAAACAUCAUAUACGUUAACUUUAAGGUGGAUCGAUUCCGCUAUGGCAUUUACGAUCGAUAUGUGGCGAACGAUGGAAAGAUGGCAUUCGAUUGGAAGGUAGUUCAGUGGGGUGGCUACAACUUUCAGAUUAAGGACAUGGUACGAAUCAAACGCUUGGAAAUUGAAUUGUACUGCAGCAAGUUUCCGCAACCGCUGGAGGCUUUCAGAAAUUUGAAGCACCUUCGAGACAACGUGAAAUUUGAAGAAUGUACGUUCUUGGUCAAACGUUGGAAUGGUCUAAAUGAGGCUGGUAACGCUUCGUUCGAAGACUCCUACAGAACUGCCGAUUUUUACAGUUGCAUGUUCAAUAGCUUCGACCUCAUCUUCAAGCAUUAUCAGGAGCAUAGGGGGCUAGAUUUUGCCGUCAGGGUGCAACUGAGAUCAAAGGGGGAAUGGCGUGAUCUACCUCCUGGUCCAUCUGUCCUUCCGACAUCUUCAAAGGAAACUUUAAACCGAGUUUCAGCGCGCAUUGAAAAGGGCGAUGGUGAAAAAAUCAGAGAGAAAGCUGGAGAAAACUUUGAAUAG